AUGUACUCGUCGAAACCCGUGACCCAUGUCAGACGGAUGCUUUUGCAUCGGGUCCUUCAGUGCCGACGGAAGAGGUCGUCGGCGGUGGCAGCGGCAUCGAACGUAAAGGUCGUAAACGACGUGCGCCACGUCCGGGGCGAGUACGGCUGCGUGACCGACGCCGACGUCCGUCACUUCCGGUCGCUGCUGGGCGAACCGAACGUGCUGACCGGCGCCGAAAACGUCGGGCCGUACAACGUGGACUACAUGAAACACGCGUCGGGCGAUAGCGGACUGGUGUUAAGACCGAAAACCGCAGAAGACGUGUCGGACAUACUGAAGUACUGUAACGACAGGAGCAUUGCGGUGUGCCCACAGGCGGGCAACACGAGCGUGUCGAGCGGUAGCGUGGCGCUAUUCGAUGAGGUGGUCUUAUCCACCGAGCGGAUGAACAAUAUAAUUAAUUUCGAUCCUGUGUCCGGGGUGUUGGUUUGCGAGGCGGGAUGCGUGCUCGACUCGUUGAUGAAGUACGUGGAUGGCCACGGGUACAUGAUGCCUUUGGACUUGGGGUCGAAGGGCAGUUGUCAGAUCGGCGGCAACGUGUCGACCAACGCCGGCGGCAUACGCGUCAUACGUUACGGCACGCUGCAGGGGUGCGUCUUGGGCCUAGAAGCCGUCACCGCAGAUGGUACGAUUUUGGACUGUUUAAAUACAAUGCGAAAAGACAACACGGGAUACCAUUUGAAGCAUUUAUUCAUUGGUUCAGAAGGCACGUUGGGAAUUGUCACCAAAGUGGCGAUAUUGUGUCCAAAUCUCCCGAAGCACGUAAACGUGGCAUUUAUCGGAUUGGACAGUUACGAUAAAGUGCUCAAAUUGUUUUCCAUUGCUCGUGCCGAGUUCGGAGAAACCCUGUCGUCAUUCGAACUCCUGGACAACACGGCUGUGACGUACGUGGAAAGUAAACUUAAUUUCCUGUGUCCGAUCACCAAUGUCCAUCCGUUCUAUGUACUCAUCGAACUCGCUUCAAGUCAACCGACUGUCGGCCAACACAUGGAAAAUGUCCUAGAAAAAGCUCUAGGUGAGUCGGUGAUCUCCGAUGCAACAACGACCGAUCAGAUGUCCAGCAUACACAAAAUAUGGAAAGUUCGUGAAACAGUAAUUGAAGCAUUAUUAAAGUUGGGCUACGUGUACAGCUUCGAUAUAUCGUUACCUCUGAGCCGAUUUUAUGAAAUUGUUGAGCUAACCCGGGAAAAACUUAAGGACUUUGCAGAUGUCAAAGCCGUUUGUGGAUUUGGUCACAUAGGCGACGGCAAUUUGCAUCUAAACGUGGUAACAUCGCAACGAAACGAAGAACUGGCUCGCAUGAUCGAGCCUUUCAUUUACAGGUGGACUUCCAAGUACCGCGGAAGCGUCAGCGCCGAGCACGGGAUCGGUUUGUCAAAAACGCAAUACCUGGAGCAUACGAAGAGUAAGGCGGCCAUCGACCUUAUGCGGAGUCUGAAAAAUACCAUGGACCCAAAGUGUAUAUUGAACCCUUACAAAGUGAUCCCGGCCGUGGCGGCCAGCGAUCAGUAA